AGAUAUAUAUAUAUAUAUAUGUAUGCUUUUGAACUCCCAGUUAACCCCAAAACCUACGCUUUGCUUUACUUGCUUGCUACCACUAAAUUAAAACCCUUUUUUUCUUUGUGUUUUCUUUGUUAAUUUAGUGUUUUUGCAUGUUAUGGAGCUUGAACUUGGGCUAGCACUUCCUGUUUACAAUCCCAUCAAAUUCGAGUUGCUGCCUAAAAAGAUUUCGAGGCGUGGAGGUGGGUGUUUGGAAAGUAGGAAUAGCUGUGUUAAAAACAAGCGUAGUUACGAGGAAGCUUUCGGGGAGAUUGAUGUGGCAGCUUCAAAGACUAGGCCUUUGUUGUUGUGGAAUGGACAGCCCAAUGAAGAAGAUGAUCGGAAGGGACAUGACAAAGAAAUAGACUCUGAAACCAUUAUUAGUAAUGUUAUUAGGAAAGAUGAAGAAGAUGCUGUACUUGUUGGGUGGCCACCCAUUAAGUCAUCAAGAAAAAAGAUGCUCCAUGUCCAUGGUGGUGGUGGAUUUGUGCAGAAUAAGCCAAGGGCUAAGGGAAAUAGUAGUGAUGGAUCCAAUAAUUCCAUGUACGUAAAAGUGAAGAUGGAAGGAGUAGCAAUUACAAGGAAGAUUGAUAUGAGGCUCUAUCACUCCUAUCACACCCUCAAAAACACUUUAAUUUCUAUGUUCUCCAAAUACCAAAGAUGUAACCAAAAUGGUGGAGAUUAUAUACUCACUUAUCAAGAUAAAGAAGGAGAUUGGCUCCUGGCAGCAGAUGUUCCAUGGAAGACCUUCAUCGAGUCAGUGCAGCGUCUAGAGAUACGAAGGAAUUGGGAGGGCUGAUUGAUAAAAUAAAUUGCUAAUAUAUUUGUCAUCUUCAUAUUUCGUUCAAGAAAUUUGCCUUGAUAUUGAUAAUAAAAAAGAAAAGGAAAUAAUUUGAUUAUAUUAUGUAGUAGUUUUAAGAAAUCAUGUUGCAGGUUUGCUUGGAUAUAUAAAGUGACUGUAAAAAAAGGAUUGAAGAGUUUGGAAUAAACAUAAUAGCCUUUGAGAGAGAGAGAGAGAGAGAAUAGAAUAGUAUAUGAUAAGAAUCAAGAGAUAUUAGCUUGUUAAUUUGUUUAGUUCUAAUUUUAUUUAAUUGCGUCCAAAAACAAAAAUUUAUUUUGAAUGUUGUUUUUAGCAAUUAUCUAAUUUCAGUUCUGAUUAGCUUGUUUGUGAAGAUAAUCUUGUGAAAAAAACUAAAAUAAAUAAAAACCCGCAUGAGUUGAAGAGAGGAAUGUACUUGGAAGUUCACAACCUUUUGCAUUCUUUGAAAGUUUAUGGGCA